ACCGGCUACCGACGUCUUUGAGACAAUGGAAUUCUUUAUUGCUCAUGUUGACUUACCUGGAGUUCCUAAAGAAGAUAUUUCGAUUGAUCUUCGUGAUCGUGAACUGAUUAUUCAAGGCGAAUCCAAAGGAUUUACUUACGAAUGUGCAACAUCGCGUGUUCGUGAACGUAACAUCGGGCGUUUCCGAAAACACGUUUUUUUGCCUCGUGGUAUUUCCGUGGCUAAAGAAGAUAUCGAUGCAAAUUAUCAGGAUGGAUUGCUUGAAAUAAAGAUCCCUCGCGGAAAAACGGAAGAAAUGGGUCGAAUUACUAUUAAGUGA